UUCAGAUAGAAUUUCAUUUCUAAAUGGUUCUCAGUAUCAUCAUCUUCUAGGGAUCCAACUCCCCCAAUACUACAUUUUCCCCAAAAUGGCGUACGCCAACAUUUUUGUGACAUUCAUUUUUUUUGCAUUUCUGACCAUUCCAACUCCUUUGACAGCAGGAAAUGGGGAUCAUAGCUAUGUGGAACACGCCUGCAGCGUGACGAGGUACCGUGACCUCUGCAUCCGCUCACUAGCAUCAUUUUCAAGCACAGCAAAGAAUAGCCCCAGCAGGUGGGCUAGAGCCGGGGUUUCGGUGACAUUGGGGGAGACCAAAAUCGUUACUCGGUACUUGAUCACUCUCAAGAAGCACAACGGAAUGAAGGGAAAAUUUGGAGUUGCUCUAUCUGAUUGCAUGGAGUGUUUCGACAAUGCCAUUGAUGAGCUUCACAAAUCGCUUGGUGUACUAAGAAAGCUGAGCAGAACCACAUUCGUCACGCAAAUGGGGGACCUUAACACAUGGCUGAGUGCCGCGCUUACUGACGGAAACACUUGCUUGGACGGUUUUGAGGAGGACCGAAAAGGAAACCAACUCAAAUCGCUUAAAAAUCGGGUUUUGAGAGCAACUCAUUUCACCAGUAACGCACUGGCUCUUGCUAACAAACUUGCUGCCACUGGCUUGGAAAGCUUCCCUGAUCCAUAGGAAUGUGACUACCAUGUAUUCUUCAUCAUAAAAUUACUCCAUAAUAAGAGCAAUGCUAGCUGAGCCAACAGGGUUACAUGUUUUGUUCAUACUCUCCAACUUAGUUGUUCUGAUCAAUUUGUUU